AUGGAGACCAGAAGUAGAGGGAGCUUUCUCAUCAACAUGUUGCUGCUGCUCCCAAACAUGGUUUGCAAUGUGGACUGUGUUAAGUGCUCCACAACUGAUUCUGUACAUGUUCCGCAUGCGUGGCACGACCCUGGUGAUCUUGCCCUCGGUGGGAUAGUAUCUCAUAUCGAUUAUGUAUUUCCCAGCUUUUUGUUCAACAUGCAUCCUUCUCAGGAGUCAAUUAAACUCCCCUUUCACUUUAUUUGCAGCGUGGUGACCAAGUUCUACCAGCACAUCCUGGCCUUGGUGUUUGCGAUUGAUGAGAUCAACGAUAAUCCUAAGAUCUUGCCCAAUAUCACUCUUGGGUUCCGCAUCUAUGACAGCUACUCCCAUUCAAGGUUGACGUAUCGGACCGUUCUAGAUCUGCUUUUUAAAUCGCAUCAUUUCAUCCCCAACUACAAAUGUGGCAUCCAGGAAAAUGUAAUAGGAGUCAUUGGAGGACUGAGCUCUGAUACUUCUUUAUGCAUGGCAAACAUCUUGAAGCUUUACAAGAUUCCACAGAUUUCCUAUGGCUCAUUUGAAUUAUCAGUCAAUGAUCAAUUCAAAUUCUCUUCCUUUUACCGCAUGGUUCCCAAUGACCGUCUCCAGUGUAAAGGAAUUAUCCAAUUACUUGUGUAUUUCAAAUGGACAUGGGUAGGUCUUAUUGCAACAGAUGAUGAGGUUGAACCACCUUUCCUGAAGAACAAAGCCAAGGCUGUUAUUGUAUAUGGAGAAAAUCAAGCCCUUGAAUGGGUGAAGAACAGUUUAGCAGCAACCAAAAUAAUUCAACAAAUAUUUCCUCAAUACAAACAAAGAUUAUCCACAACAAAGGUGUGGAUUACGACAGCCCAAAUUGAUUUCACAUUGCAUACUUUGCACAGGGCGCUUGAUCCCGAUAUACAAAAAUUCCAUGGUGCUAUCUCCUUCACAAUUCACACAACAGAGUUGCAAAACUUCAAAAAAUUUCUUUCCAUCGUCAAUCCUUCAUGGGCAAGUGAAGAUGGUUUUAUCAAUGAUUUCUGGGAACAAGCAUUCAGUUGCUCUCUUUCAAACCACACUGUGUUUCUUGCUGAUAAGCCAUGUAGUGGGGAUGAGAUGCUGACGAGCCUUCCCUCAUCAUUUUUGGAAAUGAGCAUGACUGGCCACAGCUACAGUAUCUAUAAUUCUGUCCAUGCUCUAGCACAUGCCUUGCACAUCACAUACUCAGCUAGAAUGAACACGAGAACAAAGGAGACUGUGGGUAGAUUCUGUCUUCAUCAUCUGGAGCCCUGGAAGCAAGAUGAUACGGCCAUUAGUAUUCCUCCUGAUUUCCCAGUGUGGUGUUUACAUAUAAAGCUCCACUCAUCCCUUCGAAUAAUUUCAUUCAACAACAGUGCUGGAGAAGAAAUUACUUUUAAUGAACAUGGAGAAAUAGAAGCUGGCUUUGAUAUUAUGAACCUGGUCACAUUCCCAAAUAUGUCCUACGUCAGGGUCAAAGUGGGGAAGCUGGAUCCUCAGGCUCCUCCUGGCAAAGAGCUCACCAUUAAGGAGGAAAAAAUCAAAUGGCACAAAGGCUUCACUCAGGUGCCACCCCUUUGCUUGUGUAACGAAAUGUGCCAACCUGGAUACGGGAAGAAAAAGAAGGAGGGAGAGAAGUUUUGUUGCUAUGACUGUGCUCCAUGUCCUGACGGGAUGUUCUCAAAUGAGGAGGGCUUGGAAACUUGUGUCACCUGUCCAGGAGAUCAAUAUCCAAGCAAAGGGAAGGAUCAAUGCAUUCUUAAGACACAAAACUUCCUAGCUUUUGAUGACACUUUGGGCAUUGUUUUAACUUUCUUGGCACUAAUUCCCUCUCUGAUCACAGUUCUGGUGCUGGGCAUCUUCAUUAAGCACCGGGACACAGCCAUAGUCAAAGCCAACAACAGAAGCCUCACCUACAUUCUCCUCAUCUCCCUCCUCUUCUGCUUCCUCUGCUCCUUCAUGUUCAUUGGAAAACCUAACAAGGUAACUUGUCUUCUCCGACAAACUGCUUUUGGCAUCAUCUUCACUGUGUCCCUCUCUUGCAUCUUGGCCAAAACAACUUCUGUGGUUUUAGCAUUCAUGGCCACCAAACCAGGAUCCAGGAUGAGAAAAUGGUUAGGGAAAGGAUUGUCUUAUUCCAUUGUCCUCUUUUGCUCCAAUAUUCAAUUGGGCAUCUGUGUUUUAUGGCUUGCAACUUCUUCUCCAUUUCCAGAUUUGGACAUGAGCUCAUUGACUGAUGAAAUAGUUGUGCUCUGUAACGAAGGAUCAACUAUCAUGUUUUAUUGUGUUUUGAGUUACAUGGGUUUCCUGGCCAUUGUCUGCUUCAGUGUGGCCUUCCUUGCCAGGAAGUUGCCCGACACUUUCAAUGAAGCCAAGUUCAUCACCUUCAGCAUGUUGGUCUUUUGCAGUGUUUGGCUGACCUUUGUUCCAACUUAUUUGAGCACAAGAGGAAAAUACAUGGUAGCUGUUGAGAUAUUCUCCAUCUUGACCUCCAGUGCUGGACUGCUGAAUUGCAUCUUUCCCCCCAAAUGUUACAUUAUUCUUAUGAGGCCUGAGUUGAACACUAGAGAACAACUAAUACGAAGAAAGUGA